GGACCUAUAGUAUUAUCUCCUGCCGGCAGGUGUUCGAGUUGUUGGGACGAAGAAACGGUUGUGUGCUUCGAACCGGUUGACUCAUCCGCCCAUCUGCACUGCAGAGCACCACAAGCUCUCCCCUCUUUUCUGACUGCAGAGCCUUGCCUUUGCCUCCUUUUGUUCGCUGUUAUCGUUCUCCCAGCUUGCUGGGGCAUUUAUAAUUCUGCAGCUGGGCCCGUCCUGCCCGCCCGGGGUUUUUUCCUUCUUUUCUAGUCAAAACUCGUCCUACCUUGACACACGUAUUGGCUGCAAAUCCCUGCACCACUCGCGGGGUAUGGCCCAACUCACUGACAUUGCCCGCUCAGCGAUCAUGACAAGUGCAUCCUCUUCGCCCGAUUAUUCUCGCAACACUAGCUCCGGCAUCAACUUCAACGGUACUGCGUCGAACGGCAAGCCGAUGACCGAAAGAGAUGCUACUUUAAUGCCCCCUCCGAAAACCGUCGCCGGAAGAGCGCUAGGGAAUGACCUGCAUUCCGAUUCCCACAGGAAACCGCACGCAUCCAGGCCCUCUAGGGAUGGUGUCGGAUUCGCCCUAACAGACACUCCGAUUUCUACCGCACCUUCGUCUCCACAGUUUGCCGCUGCAAGUCAGGCCUCCACACCCAGCCGUGUCCGUGCGACCACCCUUGAUAUCCCCGGCCUCACCAAGUCCAAAGUCUCGCCUGAUGGACGCAUCGCUCAACGGGACCUCGGCGCCAAGCUGGUCAUUGUCAUGGUCGGCCUCCCAGCCCGAGGCAAAAGCUAUGUAACAAAGAAACUCGCUCGCUAUUUGAACUGGCUCCAACAUGAUACUCGUAUCUUUAACGUUGGGGAACGUCGCCGCGUAGCUGCGGGGAAGUCGCCCGCUGCCCCUCACAGAAAGAGCUCAGUUCAGCAGGAGCUUGUUGACUCUGUACGGCGUCUCAGCGUUAGUGUUGGUGGGAUGACAUCUGCGCAGAAAGAGGCCGUCCCUGCGCCUCAGCACGAAUCACCCCCGGAGCUCAACGCCCUUCCACCGCCUGUCGUCCCUCCCACCAAGAUUCUUGUCAAUGGUGAAGAAACGGGAGGCUCUACCAUGGUUCCGGCAAGCGAAGCUGAUUCUCAAGACCAGCAACGAAUCACGGAAGCAUCUCCGGAACCAAUGGACCAGUCCGCGAGCUUCUUCGAUCCUAAGAACCAAAAGGCUCUGAAGUUAAGAGAGCAGGUUGCUUUGGAGACACUCGAUGAGCUUUUGGACUACAUCCUCGAAGAUGGUGGCAGUGUAGGCAUCUUGGACGCAACCAACAGCACACUCGAACGCCGCAAGACAAUCAUGGACCAUAUCCGCAACCGUGCGGGGCCGGAGCUCGGGGUUUUGUUCCUUGAGAGCAGUUGCGAAGAUCCCGUACUUCUGGAGGCGAAUAUGCGCCUAAAGUUGUCCGGACCGGACUACAGGGACCAGGAUCCCGUCAAGGCUCUUGAAGACUUCAAGAAGCGCGUGGCCUUGUAUGAAAAAUCCUACCACCCACUUGGCGAGUACGAAGAGUCAUUGAACAUGCCAUACAUUCGUAUGAUUGACGUCGGACGCAAACUCGUCUCCCAUCAGACCCACGGUUUCCUCUCCUCACAGGUCGUGUACUAUCUACUUAACUUCAACUUAUCUCCGCGGCAGAUAUGGAUUACCCGACACGGUGAGAGUAAAGACAACCAGGCCGGUCGUAUCGGUGGUGAUUCGGAACUCAGCGAGAACGGUCACCGUUACGCAAGGGCGCUUACUCGGUUCAUCAAUGAAAAGAGAAAGGAAUGGGAGCUGAACCAGCGACAAAAGGACAUGAUGUCUCAAAUGCCACCACGCGCUGGAGACAGCACUCCUCCAAACCCCUCGUACAUACCCCGGGACCGACCUCGCAAUUUCUGUGUCUGGAGCUCCAUGAUGCAACGCACAGUGCAAACUGUCGAACAUUUCAACGAAGACGACUACGAUGUCAAGCAGAUGAAGAUGCUCGACGAACUUUACGCAGGCGAAAUGGAGGGUUUGACGUACGAACAGAUUCGCGAGAGAUUUCCCGACGAAUAUGCAACGCGCAAGAAGAAUAAGCUCUAUUACCGCUAUCCUGGCCCCGGUGGCGAAGGGUACUUGGACGUCAUCAAUCGACUUCGAACCGUUAUCAUCGAAGUGGAGCGGAUGACCGACCAUGUGCUCCUAGUUACUCAUCGCUCUGUGGCGCGCGUUCUCCUGGCUUACUUCCGCGGUCUGAAACGUGACGAAGUCGCCGAUCUAGACGUACCUUUGGGGAUGUUGUACAUGCUGGAGCCGAAGCCUUACGGCGUGGAGUUUAAGGCGUACCGCUACAGUCCAGAGAAAGACACGUUCGAGUAUAUCCCUGACUUCCAACUCCAACAGACGACGCAGCAGUAAAGCAAGCUAUGGGUAAGGGCUGUUAGUUGUUAGACUUACACGCAGCGCAUCUCUUGAGACAUCUCUACUUUAGCACGAUACGCUAUGAGUUAUGGUGGUAUUGUUCGAUUUUACCUUUCCUUAACGUGUCUCAACUGCUUAGGCGCUGGAUGGCUUGUUCUGUCUCCGUUUUCACCAGCGUUCUACUUCUAUUCCAUGUAUUCCUAGAAUUUUGCAUGCCACCGGCGUCUGCAGCAAUGCUUCUAUCUUGGAUCGGCUUGUGGGUUGUUAUGGUGUCCAGCUUGUUUAUCCAAUUGCGAUGUGGAAGGUAGCUAGCCUUAGCAUUAGUUAACAUCAAGUCAAUUGUUCUUCAG